GCAAAUCCAAACAAGCGGCGCAGCUUCAGUGUGUGCGCUCGCGGACGUGUGGCUAUGCUAACCACGCCCACUCGCCACCACUGACCCCGCCUACUCGCCGGUAAACCUGUUUGUUGUAAGCGGGCUGAGGCGCGAGCCGUACACUCGCUGCACAGACGCGGACAGCUGCGCGCGCGAGCGAAGCCACCGUCCCGGUUUAUAAACGGUAAAGUUAAGCGAGCGUCAAGUUCACAGGAUUUUAUCUGAGCGCGGCUGAAAGGAUUUUCUUCCUGAUAAGUGACUGAACACUGCUUGGAAGAUUGUGGGCAAGUUCAAAGCAGAAUGUUACAUUAAUGCGCUCGAGGCAGCAGAGGACUUAAAGAAAAGCAGCGGGCCUCUGGGAGAACAAGUGACGAGAGAGAGAGGGAAGAAAGACGGGAAGAGAAACAGAUUCAUAUACCCUGGGUGUCAGCAACACCAUGAAGCCCUUCCUCCAUCUACUACUACCCCUGCUCCUCUAUCUGCAGUUGGCAUCCUGGGCAUUGGCCAGUAACUGUCCAAAAGACUGUUCCUGUUCAAGUCCAGACUCCAUUCUCUGUUAUACACGCCAGGCCACAACCAUGCCUUCUGAUGUACCUGCAUCAACAAAAAACCUGUAUGUCUUCAAGAAUGGCAUUGAAACCCUAGACCAGGAAGAUUUUAUUAGGUUGGAAAGGCUUGAGAUGCUGGAUCUAAGUCAGAACAAGCUGAAUGAACUGCCAGAUCGUGUGUUUGAGCCACUAUCUUCCUUACGUAACCUGGAUCUUUCAUCUAACCAAAUCACCCAUAUUUCUCAGGAGAGUUUUGCUGGACUGGAGUUGCUGGAAAGGCUGUAUCUUCACAGCAACAGCAUUAAGAACAUACACCCUGCAGCCUUUGAUGGUCUGGAGCAGUUACUUGAGUUAAAGCUGUACAGAAAUGAGCUGACAACAGUACCUGCUCUUAAAAUGCCUCAUCUGCUUCUACUGGAUCUGCGGUUCAAUAAAAUCCCUUCACCAGGGCCAGCUGACCUUCAGACACCCAAAUUAGAAUCACUUAAGUUGGGUGGAUUAGGGCUGAGCACCCUGAAUCAGGAACUCUUGGGUAGCUUCAAGAACCUGCAUGAGCUGGACAUUUCUAACAAUCAACUAAAGGUUUUUCCUCGAGUGCUGUGGGAGGCAAGGGGCUUGGUCAGACUCAGUUUAGCUGGCAAUCCCAUGGGUCCUUUAAAGUGGGAACAUUUUGAGAACCUGACUGAGCUUCAGGAUUUGGACAUCAGCAACCUCAGCCUGCAGAGCUUGCCUGAUAAUAUGACCCUGCUCUUCCCUCACAUGAAAAAACUUACUGUUGCAGAGAAUCCCUUUAACUGCCUCUGCACACUGGCCUGGUUUCCCAGCUGGCUGCGUAAUAAACAGAUAUUGCUGGGAAGGACAGAGGAGACCCGCUGUCAUUUUCCACCCCGAAAUGCAGGAAAGGUGCUUGAAAGGCUACGACAUCAUGACUUUGGAUGCCCUACAAGGACUACUAUCAGUCCAGCUAAGACCACCACGCUGGCCCCACCUCUGAUCUCCACUUUGCAUAGCACGACACGUGCCAUUCCCCCUCUUAAACCCAGCGAUAAAACUUCUUCAGAGAGAGACAUUCAUCCUCUACCUCCAGUCCCAGCUUCCCCAAGCAGCAGCACAGGCUCAGAUCUGAACAUGAAUUUCUGUCCAUCCAAUAUCUGCCUAAAUGGAGGUACAUGUUGGCUGGAUCAUCAGGGUCACUUUGAGUGCACUUGUCCUCAUGGGACUUCAGGGAAAUAUUGUGAGAAUAGGGAGGAUUUGGCUCUACCUGAAAAUGUCCCUACAGCAACAGUCAGUGUGAUGUCUGAAAUCUUUGCACAAACGGUAACAAGCUCAUCUAUACUGCUGGAAUUUUAUCGCUACAUUGAGAGGCGUCCAUAUAUCCGUGGUGUCAAACUAACUUAUAGAAACCUCUCAGGAUCAGAUAAACGCCCACAGCAACUCAACAUUCCAGCCUCUUAUCCAGGCUACACACUGCGUGGACUGCUUCCUAAUUCUACAUAUUCCAUCUGUGCCAGUCCACUGGAUGAGCCCAGUGAUGUAGACAGUGUAUGCACAGAGGCUCAGACAUUAAACCAGCAGCACACCAGUGCACAAGUAGAGGAUCCACAGCUUACAACAAUGCUUGUGCCAGCAUUGGCUAUUCUUCUCCUGUUAGUGCUGGUGGCUGUUGCUGUUGGUGUAGCCUGUUACAUGCACAGAAAAAAAAGAGCACAAUUAAACCUGUAUUGUGACCCAUCACAAUUGGAAUUGGAGGGUGUUAAAGUAGGUUUGGACAAUGGAGCACUGCCCCAAAAGCAGCCAGACAUAAUGUCCUCUCAAUCAGCAGUGCAGAAAGAUUACUUGGACUAUGAGAUGCCACUCAUACAAGAUUGCUGUGUUGCAAACAACAUGAACACCGUAAAGCCAUCCUGAGUUUGAUACUUGGGGCUAUUUUAAAGCAAACUAAAGCUUGAAUUCUAUGUAUCUUGUCACAGUUUCAGCAGAAGAAACAAAAGACACAGAUUGAGGGAAAUGCUGCCUGUUUAAGUGUCUUCAAUCAAAACCAAAAAAAUUGUAUUUUUGGCAAAAAAUGUAGCAGAAAUUGAUGGUUGAACCAUUUAGGCAAUAUUUUGCUGAGAAGCCCACACGUGGAACUCAAGAGCAGUUGUACCUCGAAAAUGAAGAUGAGGACUUCUUUAGUUACUUAAAGACUGAUAAUUGUGUUGCUUUUGAUUGUGAGAUAUGAAGUCAACACUUUUAUGCAUUUUUAUGUAUAUUACUGUUUGGUUAGUGUGUGUUUUCUGUAUAUAAAUACAAGCUCUUCUUCCUUUACCUCUUGUGACUAAAAAGCAGACAACAAAAUCCCAAAAUCUUAGAAGAUUUAAACAUGCUUGUACCAACAAGUCAGUCAAAGGAUUGUUUCUGCAAAGACAGUCAGACAGUUUAAGUAGCUAAAAGUCAGGGUAGACAUGAAACUAACAAAAGCCCCUCUUAUAUUUGAGCCUAGAUUUUAGUCUCCUUCCCCCAAAGUGGAUCUCCAGAAACAAGGGUUACUAAAUUUAGAAAGAUAAACAUUCUCCUCAAAUCCCCAUCAGUGCAUUAAUUUUAUUAUCUGCAUCAGACAGGUGUAAAGGUUUGUUUAUAAAAAAUUUGUUUAUACUUUUCAUCUCACUACACUAAUGAGUAAAGAGAAAAAGGUAAAACGGUAACGGUAAAGAGAAAAAGGGACGGUAAAGAGAAAAAGGGACAUUAGCCGCAUAAUUCUAUGACUGUGGUGUCAUUUGUGUUCCACUGAUGGUACAUUUACAAAUAUGUAUAAAAAGUAAUGGUAAAAUCCAUUUUUAACAUAGGUAAAGUGGUAUAGCGUUUUCACUUUGAAAUAUAAUCAUUAAAACUUCAAAAAUCAUAUUAUGUUUGCAUUAAUAUGCAAAUACAUUUAACAUCUCGUGCUUGAACCUUUUUCACAAAUCGCCCAUUAUACUAGGUUGUGAAAAAUGUACAUUUUAUUUGUGUAAACUCAAGCCUGUUACCUAACACAUUCACCCCUAUGAAAUAUUUGGAAUAUUCCAUAAGUCACAUGCACAACUUGUAUCAUUUGCUGGGGAUCAUGGUAAGAAGAAAAUUAAGUUCUUUUGUGCUUUUUUUUCUCUUAUUUUCAAAUGAUAUUAUUAUAUUGACUCAGGAGAUAUCUUUAAACACACAACCAUGUGACCCAAAUUACAUCAUUAGAAUGUCAUUAGAAUGUCAUUAAAUGUCCCCAUGUCAUUAGCAUGCAAGCUACUUAACCACAUUUUGUCUAUUUGCUAGUUCUAUGCUAAAAACACAACCCUGGUCAGCAACAAAAUGUAAAAUUGAAACUGUUGACUGACAUUAGUUAACAAGUACAACAUUUUUAAGGGUUACAAAAAAUAUAUAAAUAAAUAAAACUAAAAGUAAAUGGCACCACAGUUGUUAAAUCACCACAAUCAAGUUAUCAAGUUAUUUUCCUGCUCAUGAUGUAACCUGUUAGUUAAUUAGCAGGUUGAACAGGUGUGUUAGAGCACAGAAACCACCAAAAUAUCUUAAUUGUACCUAAUUUUAAUGUAACUGAGUAUAUUACUUGAAUGAGACUGGUGAUUCUGGAUGGAAAGACAGUAUAGACACAUAUCAUCCCUUUCUAAAACUACUUGCAACCAAAAAAAUUAGAUGAAAGGAAGAUGUGUCGAAUUUUUUGGUUUGCCUCAGUGAGGAACUGUAUUAAUGUUUAACCAAUAGCUCUUCACUUGAUCAAUUUAAACAUUGGAAAUAAUAUACACUCAUGCGAACAUGGUUUCAGAUUGAGGAUUUGACUGAGAUGGAUAUGUCAUUUAAAUUUAUGCUGGUCAGUGGGUAUAAACAUUGAAACUGGAAAACAAGUGUGAACAGUAAGAAACAUUGAAAAUAUUUCUAAAUAUUUUCAAUAUGCAUGUUUAUGUUUUUCCCUAUUUUUUGGGGAAGCUCUUUAUUUGUGUACUGGUCAUUUAAAGUGUAUAUAUUUGUACAACAGCACUGUGUAAAAAUGCAAAUAAAUACCAAUAAAAAUCUAUAAAACAA